CGGGCGUCGCGUCGGGUCCAGCGGUAAGGAUUCCAGUCGCGAGAGGCUGCGAAAUCGAAAAUGGGCGGAGGUUUCGCGAAAACCACCCUUGCCGCGUUUGUUUUGCUGUUCCUUACGGAUAACCUGGGAGGAACAGAUGCGUCUAGCGAGAAAAUACCGCUGGGUGCGAUUUUCGAACAAGGGACGGACGACGUGCAGACGGCGUUUAAAUUCGCCAUGCUCAACCACAAUCAAAACAUUUCCGGGCGACGCUUCGAGCUCCAGGCCUACGUGGACGUCAUCAACACGGCUGACGCGUUUAAAUUAUCGAGGCUGAUUUGCAGUCAAUUUUCCCGGGGGGUUUACUCGAUGCUGGGCGCCGUCUCCCCCGAUUCGUUCGACACUCUGCACUCCUACAGCAACACCUUCCAGAUGCCCUUCGUGACGCCUUGGUUCCCUGAAAAGGUUAAGGCGCCGUCGUCGGGAUUUCUGGACUACGCCAUCUCCAUGAGGCCCGAAUAUCACCAGGCCAUUGUCGACACGGUCAAGUACUACGGCUGGAGACGCAUCAUCUACAUGUACGACUCCAACGACGGUUUGUUGCGGCUGCAGCAGAUCUAUCAGGCACUCAUACCGGGGAACGAGAGCUUCCAAGUGAAAACCGUGCGAAGGAUAACGAACGUGACGGAGGCGUUGCAGUUCCUGAGGGGCCUCGAGGAGCAAUCGAGAUGGGAGAACAAGUACGUCGUUUUAGAUUGCUCGGCCGAUAUGGCGAAGGAAAUCGUUGUUAGCCACGUGCGAGAUAUCGCGCUCGGAAGGAGGACGUAUCACUAUCUGCUGUCGGGGCUGGUUAUGGACGAUCGGUGGGAGAGCGAGGUCAUCGAAUUUGGUGCCAUCAACAUUACUGGUUUCCGGAUAGUGGACGCGACCAGAAAACACGUACGGGAAUUCCUGGACGGGUGGAAACGCCUCGAUCCCAUCUCGUCGCAAGGGGCGGGAAGGGAGUCCGUGUCCGCCCAGGCGGCCCUCAUGUACGACGCAGUGUUCGUCUUGGUCGAAGCUUUCAACAAGAUCCUGCGCAAAAAACCGGACGUGUUCCGGACCAGCGUCAGGCGAAGCCAAAUGUUCACUAACGGAACCAAGAUCCUCGACUGCAACGCCUCCGGGGGCUGGAUUACUCCCUGGGAACACGGCGACAAAAUCUCGAAAUACCUAAGAAAGGUGGAAAUCGAAGGACUCACUGGCGAGAUACGGUUCAGCGAGGAGGGAAGACGGCAGAACUACACGCUGCACGUGGUCGAGAUGACGGUGAACAGCGCCAUGGUGAAGGUCGCCGAGUGGAGCGACGAGCUGGGGUUCAACGCGGUCGCAGCCAAGUACAUCAGACUCAAACCGUCCGCGCACAUCGAAAGGAACAAGACCUACAUCGUCACGACGAUCGUGGAAGAGCCGUACAUCAUGGUUAGGAAGGAGGAGCCCGGCGAGUAUCUUGCGGGCAAUGACAGGUUCGAGGGUUACUGCAAGGACUUGGCCGAUCUGAUCGCGAAAAAACUGAACAUUAACUACGAGCUCCGUAUCGUAAAGGACGGAAAAUACGGCGCGGAGAACCACGAGGUCAAAGGUGGAUGGGACGGUCUCGUCGGCGAGCUGGUGCGCAACGAGGCCGAUAUGGCGAUCGCCGCACUGACAAUAACCUCCGAACGGGAGCGCGUGGUCGACUUCAGUAAGCCGUUCAUGUCGCUUGGCAUCUCGAUCAUGAUCAAGAAGCCGAUGAAGCAAAAGCCGGGCGUGUUCAGCUUCCUCAAUCCCCUGUCCAAAGAGAUAUGGGUUAGCAUCAUAUUCGCUUUCGUCGGCGUGAGCGUCGUGCUGUUUGUCGUUUCCCGGUUCUCGCCGUACGAGUGGAGGAUCCUCCACAUAUCGGGCGAGCACCGGGAGGCGCCGAACCCGCAUACGAACCACGGCGGCACGAUGGCCAACGACUUCACGAUGCUGAACUCGCUGUGGUUCUCGUUGGCUGCGUUCAUGCAGCAGGGCGGCGACAUAUCGCCCAGGUCGAUAUCCGGACGGAUAGUGGGCGCGUGCUGGUGGUUUUUCACCCUCAUAAUAAUAUCGAGUUACACGGCGAAUCUGGCGGCAUUCCUGACCGUCGAACGUAUGGUCGCGCCCAUUAACUCGCCCGAGGACCUGGCCUCGCAGACCGAGGUCGAAUACGGCACGCUGUACCAGGGUGCAACAUGGGACUUUUUCCGGCGCUCUCAGAUCACGCUGUACUCGAAGAUGUGGGAGUUCAUGAACUCGCGCAAGCAUGUGUUCGUCAAGACCUACGACGAGGGCAUUAAACGCGUUAGGCAAUCGAAAGGUAAAUACGCGCUCCUGAUCGAGUCGCCAAAGAACGACUACAUCAACGAGCGGGAACCGUGCGACACGAUGAAGGUGGGUCGCAACCUCGACGCCAAGGGGUUCGGCGUCGCGACGCCGCUCGGUUCGCCGCUGAGGGACGCGGUCAAUCUCGCCGUACUCAGUCUGAUCGAGGACGGCGAGCUGACGAAACUGAAGAACAAGUGGUGGUACGACCGUACCGAGUGCCUGCGGGACAAGCAGGACUCUCUCAGGAACGAACUUUCCUUGAGCAACGUCGCCGGAGUUUUUUAUAUUCUGAUCGGCGGGCUGUUCGUCGCGAUGGCGGUUGCGGCCCUCGAGUUCUGCUACAAGUCGCAUGUGGAAGCGAAAAGAGCAAAGAUCCCGCUCAGCGAUGCGAUGAAGAACAAAGCGAGGCUCACCAUAGGCGUGGGGCGCGACUACGAUAACGGCAGGUACUAUACGCCGGCGAACCAGAUUGGCAGCGGUACCGACCAGGAGCAGGCGCACAGCAAUACCCACACGCAAGUGUAGACGUCCCAGAUGGCAUACGUCGUUUAACUGAAUCAAAAUGUCCCGAAGACUAUCGCGACGAGAUCAAAAACGUAAUCAAAUUCGCAGAAGUUUUAUAUAUAUUUUAACAUAUCCUCCCCAUUCCUUUCCGACGCCCCGGUGUUUUUCACAGUCGAUGUUCGUUGUCCUGUAACUAAUGUUCUAAACUAUUAUAUAGAGAUCGUUGAUAAUUAAAAUUUGAAAUAGGUAGGCAAUUAUUGUAUCCACCCGAACUGCGCCAAGGCUCGUUUUUUGUAAUAACUAUUGUGUGUUUAGCGCUCGAAACGGAACGCGCCUAACAAUAAUAUACGCUGUUCU